UCCUUUUGCGCCGAAGGAGUUCUCAGCGCUGCUCCGACGAGUGUAUUUAUCUCUUUGUACAUCGUGGAUACCACCGACUUAAUUCUGAGAAAUCGUUGUGAUGGUCCGACUUGAUUUUUUGCGUCGCGAAAACACGAAUAGUAGGGGUCAAGUUAAAACUUUGUCAAAUCGCGCGAACUCUGUCUCUGCAAAAAUCUCUAAUCUUUGAUUUUUCGCUCGGUCGAAAAAUUUAUGCUGGCAAAUUUUUCGAUGAAAACACAGAGUAUGGCGGAAAUUUUCACUUAAGAAAGACUAUUACUGUUAUGAAUGCGUCGAGGAAGGACAGUCACGCGACUUUUCACCACGUAACAGGCUAAACGUGAUCGUAUCUUUGCGGGUAAUUUUACUAAAGUUUUAUUGCGCACAUUUAUACAUUUAUAUCUUUCAACGAGAAACAGAGAAAAAGAAAGGGGAACUUAAAAUGAUGAACGUUACGCGGCUAGUUUUGAAUUAGAUUUAACUUAUUUUGGCAAUUGGCCCGAUGUCAAUAACGAUCUCGAUACGUGAUCGCAACGAACGAAGAUACGAAGCUGAUUACAAUUGCGCAUUGAGAAGCGGAGGAAUGCAUAAUUCUUGCUUCAAAGAAAUUCUGCGUUGAGAUCACCUAAGUACGGUCAUGGCCGUAGAAAGAAGAGAAAAAGGAGAGUCUCACAAACUUUAAGAACACACUACUGAUCGUUGCGGAAACGCCGAGCAUCUCCAAGGAGCUUUACGUCACAAAUAGCUUCUUACAUCUAUAAUUUAUUUGACAAUGUGUGAUUCAUUCGACUAAACCCUCCGCUACACAUCGGCGUCUGUGAAGUGACAUUUGUGUCAUUUAUUUACACGAAUGCACGAACAUGACUCGAAUAAAUGGUCGAUUGGACGAGUGAUUUAUCUACGUACGUGAUUUAUCCAUUCAAAUUCCAUCGAUCGAUGAAUACAAUGCAACAGAACGUCACAAUAUAUUAGAAACAAAUCGCGACUAAUUAAUUUACGCGGUAUAUAAUUUCGCGCGCAAACGACAAUCUGCAGCAUUCCCGAUAUAUCGUGUCAAAGAUACAAUAAAAAUUUGAAACAUGAAUUUCGCUGUGUCGAUCAUCGUCGCUUGGUUAGCAACGCGAUCGAUGAGCAACGCGCUCGACAAUGGGGUCGAUUACUACUUGGACAACGUCGAAGAUUUAGAGUACGUCAACGCGACGAAUUGCACGAACGACUACUGUAUCCCGGACGAAGAUUACAUCGAACUGAUGGUGCAACAUAUAUUCCCCAAGUUCACCGAUUGGGUGCUGAUUGCUAUGCAUAGUAUCGUUUUUGUGGUUGGUCUGAUUGGCAACGCGCUCGUCUGCAUGGCCGUUUAUCGAAAUCACACGAUGCGAACAGUGACUAAUUAUUUUAUUGUCAACCUGGCGGUGGCCGAUCUCCUCGUUCUACUCAUCUGUCUACCGCCAUCGGUUCUAUGGGAUGUCACGGAGACCUGGUUUCUCGGAUUAAAACUCUGCAAGGCCGUACCUUAUCUCCAGACAGUAUCGGUGAGUGUUAGCGUUUUGACGCUGACUUUCAUAUCGAUCGACCGAUGGUAUGCCAUAUGCUUCCCAUUAAGAUUCAAAUCCACGACAAGCCGAGCGAAAACCUCUAUCAUAGUAAUCUGGCUGAUAGCGCUGCUUUUUGAUAUUCCAGAAUUACUGGUGUUGCACAUUAUACCUUCAAAUAGUAGAGUGCAGACUAUAUUAUUCACGCAAUGUGUCUGGUCAUGGAGUCAAGAAAGUCAAGCUACCUUCACGAUUGUCAAACUGAUAUUUCUGUAUACCGUGCCGUUGCUCUUUAUGAGCAUGACCUAUUGGCAGAUUGUGCGCGUUCUUUGGAGAAGCGAUAUUCCAGGACAUAAUCUAUCCACUAGAAUAUGUCAUUCAACUGAAAUUCCAUUGUCCAGAAGUGGAAAUCCAGAGGGACAAUUGAGAUCUCGACGGAAGGCGGCAAAGAUGUUAGUCGCCAUAGUUAUUACAUUUGCAAUAUGUUUCUUCCCAGUACAUUUGCUCUCUAUUUUAAGGUGUACCAUGGCUUUACCGUCGAAUCAAUGGACCAUUGCCUUUAGUCUAAUCGCCCAUUGGCUUUGCUAUUUCAACAGUGCAGUGAAUCCAGUCAUUUACAACUUUAUGAGCGGAAAAUUUCGCAAGGAGUUCAAGCGUAAUUUUCGACGUUUCCACAACAAAACCUGCAUCCAUAAACGUGAAUAUAAUACGGACAUCUCGAAUCCUCUUAAACAGAGAUCUCGAACAUACACGAGAUCAGUUCAUACGCUGUCCAAUAAUAAUAAUGUUCAACAAAGUACCGAGGUAAUACCUCUUAGUGCUAUAAUCAAUAUACCACAGAGUGAGAAACAGGAAUAAAUAUCAUUUCUGUUUCUGCAUCUCGUACCCCAAAAUACACAAUGUUCUUUUCCAUGUAAAUAUUUUAAAAUCGAUACUAGUUUCAGCAGAGAUAAAAAUAAACGUUUUUAAUAUUAUAAAAUAAUAUUAAAAGAACAUUUGGUGGUUUUGGGAUGCUUUGUACAACGAUGAAAUAUAGUUCAAAUUAUUCCUAUGUACUAUUGUUAUAUAUAUAUAUAAAAGUACGUCUCUCGUUCAAAAAUGGCUUUUCUUAUAGUUUUGCUGAAUUAAAAUGAAUAAGCAAUUAUAUGAAUUUGCGCAGUAUCGUUGAAUUCACUGCUUUAAACAUUCUACUUUAUUGUACUGUAGAUGUAAAUGACAAUACAUUGUAAAACCCUAAUGGGGGAAUGGCGGGCUUUUAUGUUUAUUGCAACAUCAAUUGACACGAACACGUUCUUUGUGUUUAGCAACAUCUCUGUAUUUCCACGUCCGUCUUUUACAAUAGAUGCGUUCGGGAAGCACACUUUUAACAUUGUGAACGUGCUCUAUCUUUGUUCAAUUUUUAGUAAAUAACAAAGAUAGAACGCCGCUUUUAGCGCGUAAACGUGCGAACCGAACGCAACCAAUGUCCAACGCCAUAUUCCCUCUCCACCUGACCCGUAGUCCCACGAGAUUUUCCGUAAGCGCUAGUGUCGCACUCGUCAACCAAUCAUCGAAGUAGUUGCCGCUGCGCGCGCAGACAGCGGACUGUUAAUUAAUACAGCGUACAGCAAACUAUACAAGUCAAACUUAGGUUAAAAGAUAAAAUAGUUUACAAUACAUCACAAUUAAAAAAUGCAGACUUUAACACAUAAUUAAAUUUAAACAAACAAAUGCUACUUUGUAAAUAUAAAGCGUUAUGUUCUAUCUAUUUGGUAUAAUUUAAAAAAUUCAAUGUUUCGUUUUGUGUAUUAUUUGUAAUAUUUAUUUUCUAUGAUACAUUUGGACAUAUCAGAAUAUAUCUACAAAGUUUAAUAAAGUGUGUGUAAUUCUUCUUAAAGUUAUUAUAAAGUUAUUACACAUACGGUACUAGUUAUAUAAACUGUACAAUAUGCUAGAACAAAUUACGUGUCCUUUCUUGACUCAUUUUCAUUUAGUUUUACAGCUUAUUGCGCAAAAGUGCAAGUUUUUCAUCAUAUAUAAAUUUCUUAUUGAAAAUUCUUUUAUAGAAUUUUGUUUCUUACAAUUUUGUACAACUUUGCCGUUACUCCUAAAUAUAAUUGUGGCGAGUUAAAAAAAAAAAAUAAAUAAAUUAUUUCUUUCUUAGUGCACUUUCACCGUUUUUAAAAUGUGUAAAAGUUUAAUUAUUUUAUUUAAUUGAUGAAGUUCUCUAUUAUAUUCAAUUCAGACCUUAGAUUCGUAGCUUAAAUAUCAUAAAAAAAAAAA